GGGGUAUCUACUACCUGCAGCUGAUAAAACACUGUGAUAACAGUACAGUUUGCACUGUUGUGGAAUUGUGUAGUGUUUGUGAAAUGUUGUUUUUUAAGUGAUUUAUAAUAUUUGAGCCUAUCAAAUUUAGAAUAAUAUGGCUUAUCCGAUGUAUGAAGUCGAUUGGAGUGUGCUGCCGCCAGAACAAAAUAGAAGGUUUAACCCGGCCUUUAAUAUUGCAACUAUAAAGCAAGUGGUGAAUGAGGCCAUUGAAAGAGUCGCGCCGGUUUCAGUGCGCAUGCCCACGCCGACCCGGCUGCGGGAUCUCAUCAGGCAAAUCAGGGCUGCGCGUACGGCGGCGGAAGAGAGGAGUGUCGUCAACAAGGAGUGCGCCUAUAUUAGGUCUACUUUCAGAGAAGAGGAUAGCGUUUGGAGAUGUCGCAACAUCGCAAAACUCCUCUACAUCCACAUGCUGGGCUACCCAGCGCACUUCGGUCAGCUGGAGUGCCUCAAACUCAUCGCCAGUUCGCGGUUCACUGACAAACGAGUGGGUUACCUCGGCGCCAUGUUGCUAUUGGAUGAGCGGCAAGACGUCCAUCUCCUCAUCACGAACUGUCUCAAGAACGAUCUCAACAGCAACACCCAAUUCGUGGUCGGUCUCGCAUUAUGUACACUCGGUGCCAUCGCUUCUCCAGAAAUGGCCAGAGAUUUGGCAUCAGAAGUAGAGCGAUUGAUCAAGAGUCCAAACGCGUACAUUAAGAAGAAGGCAGCGUUGUGUGCGUUCCGCAUUAUAAGAAGAGUUCCAGAUUUGAUGGAGAUGUUCCUACCGGCUACAAGGAGUUUAUUAACGGAAAAGAAUCAUGGUGUCCUUAUCACGGGCGUGACGCUGAUCACAGAGAUGUGCGAAAACAGUCCCGACACACUCAACCACUUCAAAAAGAUCGUUCCGAACCUGGUACGGAUACUGAAGAAUUUGAUACUGGCCGGUUACUCGCCCGAGCAUGACGUCAGUGGCGUUUCGGAUCCUUUCCUUCAGGUUAAAAUCCUCCGCCUCCUCCGGAUACUGGGCAAGAACGACGCGGAAGCAUCAGAAGCCAUGAACGACAUCCUGGCCCAGGUGGCCACCAACACGGAGACCAGCAAGAACGUGGGCAACACCAUCCUCUACGAGACCGUGUUGUCCAUAAUGGACAUCAAGUCGGAGAGCAGUCUGCGGGUCCUAGCGGUGAACAUCCUCGGAAGGUUCCUUCUGAACAACGACAAGAACAUCAGAUACGUCGCGCUGAACACGCUUUUGAGGACGGUGCAUGUGGACACGUCGGCCGUGCAGAGGCAUCGGACCACCAUUCUGGAAUGUUUGAAGGACCCCGACAUCUCCAUCCGGCGGCGCGCCAUGGAGCUAUCCUUCGCGCUCGUGAACCAGCAGAACAUCCGCAGCAUGAUGAAGGAGCUCCUCGUGUUCCUCGAGCGCUCGGAGCCGGAGUUCAAGGCGCACUGCUCCAGCGCCAUGCUGCUGGCCGCCGAGAGAUACGCGCCCACCAACAAGUGGCAUCUAGACACGCUGUUCAAGGUGUUCCUCAAGGCGGGCAACUACCUACGAGAUGACACCGUUUCAAGCACCAUCCAAAUCAUCUCAUCGGCCCCGGCCGAGCGGCAGGCCUACGCGGCCAUGCGGCUCUGGAGCUCCCUCGAGCGCUCCGCCCUCAGCGGCGACUCCUCCGACAAGCAGCCGCUAGUGCAGGUGGCAACAUGGACGAUAGGAGAAUACGGCGAUCUGUUGGUGUCGGAAGCCAGCAAUGCUAUUUCCAUGGUCGAUGACGACGGUGUAGAUGACUUCGAGCGGCCGCGCGAGGAGUACGUGAUCGACAUCUACCAGAAACUUCUUUGGUCGACUCAACUCUCCAUAACCACUAAGGAGUUCCUGUUACUGUCGCUCGCCAAGCUGUCUACCAGAUUCACUAGCCAGCCUAGUCAGGACAAAAUCCGAGUGAUCAUCGACACGUUCGGAUCUCACAUUCAUAUCGAGUUGCAACAAAGAGGAGUGGAGCUAUCUCAACUAUACAGACAGUACGCGCACCUGCGGCCGGCCCUACUGGAGCGCAUGCCGCCCAUGGAGGCGCCCAGCGCGCGCGCAAGGGACGACGGAGACGCGGAGCCCGAGCCGCUAGCGGAGCCCCAAGCCCUCGACAACCACCAGGACGCCCUCCUGGAUUUAAUAAUAGGGUCGGAGCCGCUCACGAACGGCGACACCGAGCACCGCACUGACGUCGCGACCAACAACAACAAUAACAACACCAACACUAAUGAUAUCCUAGAUUUGCUAAGCGGAUUAGAGCUAACCAGCACCCCUGCGCCUGCGCCGGCGCCCUUGCCGACGCCGACUCCCUCGCUCAACAACAACGCCAGCCUGCUGCUCGACGGACUGUUCGCCGCACCACCGCCGACAGUCAAACAGCCCUCCCUAACAGUACCAGCGUUGGACAAAGCGGGCCUCGUGGUGGUGCUGGAGGUGGAGCACGGCGCGCCCGCGCCGGCGUGCGCCACGCUCACCAUGCGCGCGCGCAGCUCCCGCCCCGACCCGCUCACCGAGUUCCUGUUCCAGGCCGCCGUGCCAAGGACGUUACAGCUUGACAUGAUGUCGCCAUCGGGCACAGUGCUGCCCCCACAGGGCGAAAUCACUCAGGUCCUCAAAAUCAAUAAUCCGUCCCGGACGCCGCUGCGGCUCAGGAUACGAGUGUCGUACGUGUGUGAGGGCGGAGCCGUGCUGGAGCAGGCCGAGGUGAACGCCUUCCCGGCCGACCUGUUCAACUGACGCGCGCGCAGCCCGCCCGGCGCGGGCCUGUAGUGUAGCCCGACCCGGAGCCCGGAGCCCGGCGUGGCCCGGUAGUGUAGCCCGACCCGGAGCCCGGCGCGGCCCAGUAGUGUAGCCCGACCGAGACCCGGCCGAGCCGCCUCACCGGGGUGGCGGCACACGUUUUCGAUGGCCCGAAUAUACACUCGGAACGCGAGGUACCACACGAAGCGGCUCAAUCUGUAAACACGUAGCUCGCUUGAGACUAACACACGCGCAAUCGGGCGAGACACGUUUUUACAGAUCGAGUUGUUCCGUACGGCGAUUAAGGGCCAGUUGCACCGACCACGAUUAUUAGACUGAUCGACGUCACUCGCCCAGUGUACUAUGAAAUUUCCCAUACAAUAAAUUUUAUCUCGCUUUAACCGUGACAAACCGUCUGGUGCAACCGACCCUCGAUCGUGAAGCGGCUCGUCUUGUAUGGACCCGCUUAAUUGCGACAAUUAAUAGGAAAGGGCGAUAUGAUACUGUGAAUGGGACAAAUUGCAACGCAAUAACACAGCGCAAUACAGGAUGUCAGUGCAGCGGCGGUAGCACGGUCGCAUUUUUAGCGCUUGUCACCAUGCCUGUCACGUUCUAACAAGUAUGUAAGUGCGAAAGUGACGGGCAUAGUGACAGGCGACAAAAAUGGAACCGUGCUGCGCCCGCAGGUGCAGGUAGGCUCGAGGAGUGACCGUCUAAUAUCAAACUGGGCUCAAACCAUAUAAGGGCAAACGGCGGAAUGAGAAUAAAAUGACAUUGAAAAUAAAUAUGUUUGUUACUUAUUCCAAAAUUAGUCCUUAUUGAUAAAUUUUAACCUGUUAUCAAAACGGUAAUAUCAACGUACACAAAGCCCUGUAUUAAUCAAUCCCACUAAACUAUCAAUAUGUGUGAAGGUAAUGAAUAAGAACACUUUACAAGCGCCCUCUGUGUAUGCACAUAGGAACAUGUACAGCAUGGUUAGUUAGUUAUAUCCAGAAUUACGACGAAACUGACAUUGGCAUGCAUAAAUAUAAUGACUAACCGCUUUUUGGUAUAUCAAAACUCUUUAUCAUCUAAAGUACAUAUUUCAUUUAAAACACCACAAACAUCUAAUUUUCUAUGAACCACAAUCUUAAGCGUACUCUACUUCUCAUGUAUACUUUCAUUCAUACUAUAAAUUAAUUUCAUGAAUAUGUAUAUAAUUAAGUCAUUAACGGAUCUAACGCGAUUAAAUUUCAUUAUUUUACCUUUUUUCCGACGUUUCAGCCAGGUUGCACAAAUGACAAAACGCGAGAGUUUAAAGUGUUAUGUUUCAUGAAUAUUUUUUCUAACUAUUGUCAGUUUUCGUAAUUCUGAAUACUACUUUAUUAAUGAAGUGCUGUUAACAUCGCUCAACUGAAUUAAAAGGUUGUUGCUGUUAAAUAUCAAAACAACACUUAGUUUUGAAGAUUUGAUUUAUUUACAUCUCUCGCGGCAGCUUAUACGAUUUUUUUAGCCUUUUAUUUCUCGCUAAAGACUGAUUUCACUAGGCCUGCAUAAUAAGUAGUUCUGUAAAUGCUGAUUAGAACCGUGUUGCCUUGAUGUAAGAACGACAGUCGCUUGUACAUAUCCGAGAGUUAGUGAGGUUUUAGACAAUUAUUAGCAGGAACAUUACAAGUGAACUGAUAUGAUUUUUAAGUCAGGAUGACAGAUAUUUGGUCGAUAUACUUGCUCGCUCACUAUCAAUAUGAUUUAGAAACCCGUUAAAAAAAUAUAAAUACAGUAAAAUUAUAACAUAAAAUAUAUUUCGUUAAAACAAAAACGAUGACUGUUUGUAAGUUCCCGUUUGUAAUAUAUGUUUAAUUUAUAAUUGACUCGAGAUUUUAAACAUUCCAAUUUUUAGGUAAAAUAAGACUAUCCUUAAGUCUAAAAAGAGGGCUGUAUAGAAUCUAUGGUUUUGGUUAGGAAACUCGAAUCGUUGUUAAAUGUGAAAAUAUCAACUAGGCGAUUAGAACGUGCAGUUUUGCCGAUACUGUCCACACCAUACCGAAUGUGACUGACUUAAGGUUGGUGCGGCCAAAUCCGUCUUCGCGGGAACUGAUUUCCCCGCAGAUUUGUCCGCACUUAUAGAAAAUUAUUCCAUCACUUUUAUGUAAUCAUUAUUUAAAUAAAAAAUAAAAUAUGGUCAGACUAUCAGUAUUAAUUCAAUCUCAAACUGAUCUAUCCCAGUCUGGACUACUUACGGAUGCAAUGCAAUGCCUUUACAGAUUCGCUGCUUAUAUUGUUAGUUAUGAAAUAUACUGUAGGUACAUGUGACUACGAAUGUUUAUUUAGCCCAUCUGUGUGUUAAAACAUGCGGUGUGAUAA